CGAUGACGUAUCCGUCGUCUGCAGUUAUGUAGUCUGCAAGCGUGGAUUGAUUUUAUGAAAAAAGAAUGGAUACCGUUUCAAAAGAUAGUUUGAAUUGUUCUCCUGUAUCUGCAGAGCUCCAUAUUCCUUUCCCGUCUGCUGAUCUAGCGGCUGUAGCAUAUAACUCGUUGAGAGUUGACAAAGAACCAAAACGAAGUACAACAACCAAAGUUCUCUCAUUAGAAGCUAAUAUUCUAAAAGUAUCGUUUACAUCCGGAGAUACCCGGCAAUUGAGAACUGCUGUAAAUUCAUUUCUUGAUUUACUAAUCCUAGUCUCAAAGGCAGUAGAUGAGUUUGCACCUCUGGAUUUCAAAGUUAAAGAAUGUCCCUUAAAGAUUUAAGUGGGCCCAGUGAAACCAGAAAUACGCCUGCACCCUACAGGGCUAUUUAUGGUUUUGUUCUCUGGAUAAUAUCAUAUGUGUUCUUGAUUAUUUAUAUAGUGUGGGCAUUUGUCCCAGAAGAAUGGCUUCAUGUAUUUGGACU